AUUAUUAUUAUUAUAUUUAUUAUUAUUAUUAUUAUUAUUAUUAUUAUCUUUAUUAUUAUUAUUAUCUUUAUUAUUAUUAUUAUUAUUAUCUUUAUUAUUAUUAUUAUAUUUAUUAUUAUUAUUAUUAUUAUUAUUAUUAUUAUUAUUAUUAUUAUUAUUAUCUUUAUUAUUAUUAUUAUAUUUAUUAUUAUUAUUAUUAUUAUUAUUAUUAUUAUCUUUAUUAUUAUUAUUAUUAUUAUUAUCUUUAUUAUUAUUAUUAUAUUUAUUAUUAUUAUUAUUAUUAUUAUUAUUAUCUUUAUUAUUAUAACUGUUAUCAUUAUUAUAAUUAUUAUGUCCCAUCUGUUUACAUGGAGGAUUGAGGGUUCACAGCCCCCUUCAUCUAUUGGCUUCACUUUGUUGGAGUCCAUCUUGGUCCAUGUCUUUCUAGUCUUCUGUCUGCACUCUGACAUGUGUCUUACACGAACAGGUGAGCUUUACCUGUCCUGUUAAGCCCCUCCCUCUCUCUGUCAGACCCUGAAUGACAGUGAAUCAGAGGACGUCCUUCACGCCGUCGAUCCCAAUGAGGUCUUUCCCAGCGGCCCGCCUGCUGACCCCUCAUCUGAGAGCGACAGCGGCAUCUCCGAGGACCCUGUGGUGGAAAGUCCUGUUACCACGGUGACGGCAGCGAGCACGGCGCCCGCCCAGUCAGCGCCCGCGACAGUCUACCAGGUGGUUUAUGACAUCGGCAGCCUGGGCGGAGUUAAGAGCGAGCCAGGACAGGAGAAUGUGAUCUCUAUAGAGCUGGGUGAGGAGCAGCGUGGUGCUUUCAGUUUCCUGAACGUCAGUCUGACGUCAGAGAGUUUUUUUUCAUCAGAGACAGAUCUCUGAAGUUUAAAGGACCUCAUCAGUUUUUUCUUUUCAUGUCAAAGUUUAUUUUUUUAAUCAGAUAACCAUCAGCAUCUUCCUCAUUCAGUCCCUUCUGACCGAUGCUGAUGCAGAGAGUUGCUAUGGUUACAGGGAUGCUUAGUAGUAAAUUUUUCUUACUCUGGUUAUCACCCUCUUCUUAUCAGUCACUGUCAUGUCACUUCCUGUCCCGUGCAGAUGAGUGGAGCUCUCAGGUGUUGUUUUCAGACUCCUGCGUCGUCAACGAGCUCCCCGUCAUCUCUGCCGCUCACCUUAACGGGAGUUUCACCGCCGCCGCCGCCGCCGCCCCUCCCAGUCCAGACACAGACCCUGUAAGAGUUUAUUUCUAAUUGUUCUGAUCUGUUUGUGGAGUGAUGAGGCGGUCCGACCUGGAGGACUAACUUCUUCUUCUUCUACUGUUACAGCUGUACCCAGACCUGGAGCUGACGGAGGAGGAGCAGAAGCUGCUGACACAGGAGGGCGUUUCUCUGCCCAAUAACCUUCCUCUCACCAAGGUCAGACGGCUGACAUCCGCAAAGUUUGAUCGAUACACUGACUGAUGUUUGUUUCCUGAUACGACUUCGAUCUUUAACUUGCAGGCGGAGGAGAGGAUCCUGAAAAAAGUUCGGCGGAAAAUCCGUAAUAAGCAGUCUGCUCAGGACAGUCGGCGGAGGAGGAAAGAGUACAUCGACGGGCUGGAGAGCAGGUACGCACUCAGACUGAAGGUCUGCGCUGAUCACAGUCAAAACAAGCUGACUGUCAUAAUUAUAAUAAUUAUAGUAACUUUAUUUUUACAGCACUUUAAAAAAACAGAAGUUUACAAAGAACAUCAGGAAAUAAAAUCAAAUAAAAAACAAAAACUCUGUAAAACAAACUCAGACAGCGAAAAGAAACUUCAGCACAGCCACUCACUGAGUGUGUGUGUGUGUGUGUGUGUGUGUGUGUGUUCACAGGGCAGCAGCGUGCUCCGCUCAGAACAAAGAGCUGCAGCGGACGGUGGAGCAGCUGGAGAAACGAAACAUGUAUGACCACGUUAAUUAUUGAUUAUUGACUUUUUCACCGAUCAAAGAGGAAAUUGAUGAUUAAUAAUCAAACAGUCGUCAGUUUCUCACAGAGCGUAGUUUCAGUGACUUUUAGCUCCACUUUAAUGCAGCAGAGGGCGCUGUUGUCUUCACCUGCAGGUCCAUAAGAGAGUUCAUACCUGACGGCUCAGAUCUGUUCGGUGUUUCUUUGUUCUCGUUAAAAUGACGAUGUUGGUGUAGAUGAUGGAUCUGGAUGUUUCUGGUCUUGUUCUGGUCCAGGUCUCUGCUGGCUCAGCUGAGGCAGCUUCAGUCUCUGAUCAAACAGACAGUCAGUAAAGGAGCCCAGACCAGCACCUGUUUACUGGUAGGUGGUUUCAGUUCCUCCUGACUCUACAUGUGUUUGUGUUUUUAUCAGUUAUUGAUUAUUUAUUCAGGUUUUUAUACAGCAGGUAAGAGAGUCAUUUUAAAGGCACUAUAGGGAGUUUUUGAAGCCUGAGGAGUCUUCAUGAAACCCCGUCUGCUAAUUUAUUUUGACAUACAGAAUCAUGUUUUUUUAUUCUUUUAUCAUCAGUAACUGAUGAUUCUUCUUCUCCACCAAACCCCUCAUGAUCUGGACCAGAACUCUGGGUCCAGAACUCGGACUAAAAGCGGUUUUUCGGGGUCAGACUGGAGUAGAUCUGGUCCCUUUAAACGGCCUGUGUGUUUUUGUGUGUGUGUUCAGAUCAUCCUGGUCUCUCUGGGUCUGAUCAUCAUGCCCAGUUUCAGUCCAUUCAGGCGCCACUCAUCUACAGACGAUGACUACAGACCAAUAGGAGGUGAGCAUCUGAUGAUGUCACUUCCUGUUGUAUAUUCAGGUUAAAAGGUUAACAUUAAAUAACUACAUGGUUCAUUUACACGUACAUUUGGACCCUUGUAGUUAUCUCCAGGAACAUCCUGACAGACCCCGCCUCCUCCUCCUCGCCAUCAGCAGAGGAAUCCAACGGGCCGGCGGUCCAACCCGACUCUUCUUCACCACUGUCUGAACUCAGCCAAUCAGGAGCUUCAGAUUCACCAGAACCAAAAGAAAACCCUGAAAAAACAGCCUCUGAAGGGCCGGCCCAGGAGGGGAGCCAAUCAGGAAACAGCUCUGUUCUUGUCGCCGGGCAGACUGAGCCGCGAGCUUCGGCUCUGAGGUCUAAAGGAGGAGGUCAGGAUCCCGCCAAACCUGCACACGCCGAUGAGAUGUAG